AUGGCGUGCGCGUCGGCGGCGGGCGUCGAGGCGACCGCGCUCCUGCUCCCCCGUGCCCGCCUCGCCGCGGCGUCUCCAGUCGCCGCCGGGCAUCGCCUCUCCCUGACGCCCCGCCGGACUCGCCAACGCACCAGCCUCAGGACUGCCGCGCAACGUCCUCAGAAGAGUACAACUGGCGCCGACCCACUUAAUGGGGCUAAUAAUGUCCAGAGAGAGGAAGCGGCGGUUUCCACUGAUAAAGAACGACAAAAGAAAUACGACGAUGGAGAUGGCAUAUCAAACCUUCAACUGGAAGAUUUGGUAGGAAUGAUACAGAACACAGAGAAGAAUAUACUACUUUUGAAUCAAGCUCGUCUUCAGGCAUUGGAACAUGCCGAUAAAAUUCUUAAAGAAAAGGAAGCCUUGCAGAGGAAGAUAACCAUUUUGGAGACAAGGUUGUCAGAAACAGAUGCGCAACUCAAGCUUUCAGCUGAAGGGAAUUUCGAUACAGAGAUUAAUGACUCUCCACUAGUAUUGGAGUUUGAUGUUCUAAAGGAAGAGAAUAUGCUACUGAAGGAGGACAUAGAGUUUCUUAAAACAAAGCUUAUUGAGGUUGCUGAGACAGAGGAGAGUAUACUCAAAUUGGAGAAAGAACGUGCUCUUUUAGAUGCUUCCCUUAGGGAGCUGGAGUCUAGGUUUAUAGCUGCCCAGGCAGAUACGUUGAAACUUGGUCCUCGGAAAUAUGAUACCUGGUGGGAUAAAGUAGAAAAAUUGGAAGAUUUGCUUGAGAACACAGCAAACCAAGUAGAGCAUGCUGCUAUGAUAUUGGACCACAAUCAUGAUCUGCAGGACAAGCUUGACAAAUUACAAGCGUCACUGCGAGCAGCAACUAUAUCAAAGUUCUCUUGUGAUCUUGUUGAUCUUUUGCAGCAAAAGGUAAAAUCAGUAGAAGAACGCUUCCAAGCAUGUAAUCAUGAAAUGCAUUCUCAAAUUGAACUGUAUGAACAUUCAAUAGUGGAAUUUCAUGAGACUCUUAGCAAACUAAUAGAGGAAAGUGAGAAAAGAUCACUGGAGAAUUUCACAGGAAACAUGCCUUCGGAAUUAUGGAGCAGAAUUUCCCUUUUGAUUGAUGGGUGGUUACUGGAAAAGAAAAUAUCCUACAAUGAUGCAAAUAUGUUGCGAGAAAUGGCUUGGAAAAGGGAUAGUCGUCUUCGAGAAGCAUACUUGUCAUGCAGAGGUACAGAAAACGGGGAAGUUAUGGACAAAUUUAUUAAGAUGGCACUACCAGGAACCAGUUCUGGUUUGCACAUUGCCCACAUAGCAGCAGAGAUGGCUCCUGUUGCAAAGGUUGGUGGCCUGGCAGAUGUGAUAUCUGGUCUUGCGAAGGCACUUCAGAAAAAAGGGCAUCUAGUAGAGAUCAUUCUUCCCAAAUAUGAUUGCAUGCAGCUUGACCAAGUUAACAAUCUUAAGGCUUUAGAUGUUCUUCUGCAGUCCUAUUUCGAAGGAAGUAUGUUCAACAACAAAAUAUGGACCGGGACUGUUGAAGGCCUUCCUGUCUAUUUUAUCGAGCCACAGCAUCCAUCAAAGUUCUUUUGGAGGGCGCAGUACUACGGAGAGCAUGAUGACUUUAAACGGUUUUCGUACUUCAGCCGUGCGGCACUAGAAUUACUUUACCAAUCCGGGAAGAAAGUUGAUAUAAUCCACUGCCAUGACUGGCAAACUGCAUUUGUCGCACCUCUUUAUUGGGAUGUAUAUGCAAAUCUGGGAUUCAACUCAGCUAGAAUUUGCUUCACCUGUCAUAACUUUGAAUAUCAAGGAACUGCUCCAGCUCGUGAUUUAGCAUGGUGCGGCCUUGAUGUUGAGCACCUAGAUAGACCAGACAGGAUGCGGGACAAUUCACAUGGAAGAAUAAAUGUUGUUAAGGGUGCAAUUGUGUAUUCCAACAUCGUGACAACUGUAUCACCAACAUAUGCACUUGAGGUUCGCUCAGAGGGAGGGCGUGGACUCCAAGAUACACUUAAAGUACAUUCCAGGAAAUUUCUUGGGAUACUUAAUGGAAUCGACACAGACACAUGGAACCCUUCCACAGAUAGGUAUCUCAAGGUUCAAUAUAAUGCUAAUGAUCUCCAGGGAAAGGCAGCAAACAAAGCAGCCCUUAGGAAGCAGCUAAAUCUGGCUUCUGCAUAUCCUUCCCAGCCACUGGUUGGUUGCAUCACAAGGCUAGUUCCUCAGAAGGGUGUACAUCUGAUCAGGCAUGCAAUAUACAAAACAGCUGAAUUAGGAGGACAGUUUGUCCUUCUGGGUUCAAGUCCCGUACCACACAUUCAAAAAGAGUUUGAAGGUAUUGCGGACCAUUUUCAGAACAACAAUAAUAUCCGGCUGAUUUUGAAGUAUGAUGAUGCUUUGUCUCACUGUAUAUAUGCUGCUUCUGACAUGUUCAUUGUUCCGUCUAUAUUUGAGCCAUGUGGCCUCACCCAGAUGAUAGCCAUGAGAUAUGGUUCUGUGCCCAUCGUUCGAAAAACUGGUGGAUUGAAUGACAGUGUCUUUGACUUUGAUGAUGAAACAAUACCUAUAGAAGUGCGAAAUGGCUUUACAUUUGUCAAGGCUGAUGAGCAGGGUUUGAGCAGUGCAAUGGAAAGGGCAUUCAACUGCUACACAAGAAAACCCGAGGUCUGGAAACAGUUAGUGCAGAAAGAUAUGAUGAUAGAUUUCAGCUGGGACACUUCAGCUUCGCAGUACGAAGACAUCUACCAAAGAGCAGCAGCUCGAGCGAGGGCAGCAGCGUGAGCACAGACAGUUUCCUGAUGCUUCCAUGCCCUCUCCCUGACGCUCUGCUUGAUCCUGCAAUUCUUUGUGCUGCUGUAACGCAUUAUGCUUCACUACUAUGCUCCAAAAAUAGCAUAAUGCACAGCUCCUAAUGAAAAUCAGGAGAUCAGAAAACAGAAUCAUAUAGGAAGUCAAGGAUGUUCUAUGCUGCACCUGUUGUGCAGGCAACUGUCUCGGCCCCAUGUUAGUGCGAAGAAUAUCUGGUUAUAGGUGACUAUUUACUGAGGGUUGAGGCAGAACUCAAAAGGCCAAAAGCUGGAAGAAUGGGUUGAUCAUGUGUCUAAGAUGGAAUAGGUACUGUGAACUGACAAGAUUGUAGUAUGUGCUAUGCUCUUCGCACAGAUUGAUGUAAAUUGUAACUCGUAUAUAUCAGCGCAUGGUGGUAUUAUGUUUGAGUGGAAAAUCUUUUGAUC